AUGGACCUUCAAUAUCUAAAAGCUCGUGCCAUAUUAACACCCACAAAUGAUGUUGUUGAUUCCAUAAAUGAUUAUAUUGUUUCCCUUAUCCCUGAGCAAACAAAGGAGUACUUAAGCUGUGACAAAGUAAUCAAAGCACCUAAUACACAUGACUCUUAUGAUCUUUUGUACCCCGUCGAAUUUUUGAAUACAUUGAAUGGAAAUAAUUUUCCACAGCAUCGAAUAGUCUUGAAAAAGGGUACACCAGUAAUGCUACUUCGAAAUCUGAACCAAUCUGAAGGCCUUUGUAAUGGAACAAGAUUGCUUAUAACUUCUUUAGGUGACAAGGUUAUUGAAGGCCAAAUAAUGACAGGUACUCACAAGUCAAAAAUUGUGCUCAUUCCUCGUGUAUCAUUGACAUUGAAAAAUACGAAGUGGCCAUUUGUCCUUCAAAGACGCCAAUACCCGAUAAAAGUGUGUUAUGCAAUGACAAUCAACAAGAGCCAAGGACAAACGCUUUCAAAGGUUGGCAUAUAUCUCAAAAAACCAAUUUUUACACAUGGUCAGCUCUACGUUGCCAUAUCAAGAGUUACAUCAAAAAAAGGUCUUUCUAUUCUCAUUGAAGAUGAAUCAGGCAAUUGCAGUUCUAUAACCCGAAACAUAGUAUACAAAGAGGUUUUUGAGCGUAUUGCCGAACAAGAUCCUCAUGAAUAG